GAAUUUUAUUUGCCUCAAACAAAAGGUUGCUCACUUCGCCAAUAAUACAACCGCCAACAACAACAAUAGCAGCAACAGUAACAAUAACAACAAUUGCGAAAAUAAAGAAUCUACAGCGGAUACCAAGGAGAGCUAUCGCAUAUUUCGUUGCUUUUCACAAGAAGAUCAAAUCACAGAAGGCGAAGAAGAAACCAAAGGGAAUCAGGAGACAGGUUGUCAGCCAGCAGAACCGAGAGAAAGCAAUUUAAACUCAAGAGGCAGCUACAACGUUCAGCAGGAGCAACAACGUUCCAGUGUGACAAAGGCAAACUUUCCAUCGGUUUAUCGCCAGCAGGACGAAGAGUUCCAUAGUCAAAAGCUUGAACCUUCAACUCAAGCGGCGGAAUCGAGUAACGCGGUUGUGUCGCAACAACCACGAAUCAAGCGCCGACAAACGCAACGUUCUCAAAGCCAACCGGCAAUCUCCCAACAGCCGCAGCGAAGACGUCCAACACCGCCCCCACACGCCGCCAACGCAGCCCGAAGCAUGACCUCCAUACCUGCCAAUUUGUCCAGCAAUAAUGUGGCUGCUGCUGCAGCAGCUGCCGCCGGUGGUGUGGUCCCAGCAGAGAAGCAGCCGUGGCCCAACUCCAAGGAUGACUAUGAGCUGCGCGACGUGAUCGGUGUGGGCGCCACAGCGGUGGUGCAUGGUGCCUACUGCAUACCCCGCAAUGAGAAGUGCGCCAUUAAGCGCAUCAAUUUGGAGAAAUGGAAUACAUCGAUGGACGAGCUGCUGAAGGAGAUUCAAGCCAUGUCCUCGUGCAAUCACGAGAACGUUGUGACAUAUCACACGUCGUUUGUGGUGCGUGAAGAACUCUGGCUGGUGCUCCGACUUCUAGAGGGUGGUUCAUUGCUUGACAUCAUCAAGCACAAGAUGCGAACGGCCAACUGCAAGCAGGGAGUGUUCGAUGAGGCCACAAUAGCCACAGUGCUGAAGGAGGUGCUCAAGGGAUUGGAGUACUUUCAUUCUAAUGGCCAGAUCCAUCGUGAUAUCAAGGCGGGCAACAUACUUAUUGGCGACGAUGGCACCAUUCAAAUAGCCGACUUUGGUGUAAGUGCUUGGCUGGCAACCGGACGAGAUUUGUCGCGGCAGAAGGUCAGACACACAUUUGUGGGAACACCCUGUUGGAUGGCCCCCGAAGUGAUGGAACAGGAUCAUGGAUAUGACUUUAAGGCGGAUAUUUGGUCGUUUGGCAUUACGGCCAUUGAAAUGGCCACUGGCACGGCUCCAUAUCACAAGUACCCGCCCAUGAAGGUGUUGAUGUUGACGCUACAGAAUGAUCCACCCACCUUGGAUACGGGAGCCGAUGACAAAGAUCAGUACAAAGCAUAUGGCAAGACAUUCCGCAAGAUGAUCGUUGAGUGCCUGCAGAAGGAGCCCUCAAAGCGUCCGACUGCCAGCGAGCUGCUGAAGCACGCCUUCUUUAAGAAGGCCAAGGAUCGCAAGUAUCUGGCUCAGACAUUGCUCCAAUCGGGUCCCAGCAUGGAGACACGCGUGAAUAAGGCAGCCAAGCGGCAACCAGGUGCCUCUGGCCGUCUGCAUCGAACUGUCACCGGCGAGUGGGUGUGGUCCAGCGAAGAGGAGGACAACGGCGGCAGCGGUAAUGGUGGCCGCAAACAGCCAUCAUCUGACUCCGAGUCUGAUGAUCGUCCCAUUAAUAAACUGGAACGUGUCGAUUCAUCGGACAGUGAUCGUGAUGAGCCAUCACCAGAGAUUACGCCAAGCCUAUCUUCAGCCACUGUAACCCCAGGAGCAACGGCGGCAACAGUGACGCAACAAAUAACCGCUGGGGUGGCACAACUCCCAUUGCCCAGUGAGGCAGCCAGCGAGGCGCCACCUGUCAAUCUAGUGCUGCGUAUGCGGAACCUGCGCCGUGAACUGCACGAUAUACGCUUUGAGUUUGUGGUGGGUAAGGACACUGCCGAGGGUAUUGCCACCGAGCUGGUUGAUGCUGGACUUGUGGAUGCGCUGGACACGCAACCGAUGGCCCAGCAUCUGGAUCAACUGAUAGCCCAGAGUGCCACCAUGAAGACGAUAACGUUCCAACUGAGUUCGGGAGUGCAGCCCGGCGAGGUGCCCGAUGAGCGAUCACUUGUGGGCUAUGCGCAGAUCUCCAUUACGGACUAGGUCUAGUAAUGGCCUAGUGCCUUAAACACAAAAACCUGCCUUGGGCCACCCACUAUCUUUAUCCUGUACGCUCUUCUAUCCAACUACCUAUCUACCUACCUACUUCUGAUACGUAAGGGCCAGGCCUGGCCUGGCCUGGACCAUGCCGUUGCUGCUUUUAGCACUAGACCAGAACUAACUGUAAAAUGCUAGUGAUAGAUCUAAUUGCGAGCCGAUCGUGUUUACUAUAUAGAAAUAUUAUCUCUACAUACUUGUAUCUUAUGCCAUUGUAAUUACUCCAUGAAUCCCUUUCUCCCCCCAACACUCUUCCAUCAACCACCCAAAUCCUUCUCUACCUUCCUGCCGUGUAGUUAGAUGCCCUCAAAAUGCUAAAGUAGCUAAAGUUAUUUGCAAAUUGUGUACUUAUUCGUUUUUCGUUUUCGUCGUUUUUAAGUAGCGCUCACAGUUCUGUAUAUACAUCAAUGAGAUAUACAAAUCAUUAUUAUAUAUAUAUAUAUUUAUAUAUAUAACACUUUUCAAUUUAGGAAACUUUGUUUACUAACUGAAAUUGGCAGCGCGCUGUAGACCAUUUUAAUGUCUUCAAUGUUUGCCCAAAACCCUCCCAAAUAAAAAUAUAUAUGCACAUUUUUAAUUUAUUAUCUAGCCAUCUAAACUAUACUAAUUUGUAAAUCUUAGAGUCUAAGUUUUUGUUUUUUAUUAUAUCAUAUUAUUAUUAUUAUUAUAAUUCAUUCGUGAAAACUAUUUUACAAUUUUAAAUGAAGGCACACCUUGUUUAGUUUGUAAGCUCGAAAAUGAUGUACGACCUUUAUUAGUUCAAUGGAAAUACGAAAAUGCUUAGGUAAAGUUUUUUUGCUCCAGCCCCCUCCCCAACCCCUGGCAUUAGCAGCAUUAGUUUGUCCUUAGUAACUAAUAUUAGAUAUGUUGCGCUGUAAAUUUUGAAAAAGUACAUACAUAAACAACAAAAAAAGAAACACAGAAAACAAUAACUACAAACAAUGAAGAUUAUUAAAAAUAAUAUUUAGUUAAAAAAAAACACUGAAAAAAAAAACAAAAAACAAAUAAA